AUGACUCUUUCAACUCUUCCUGGGAAGCCAAAUAAGAAGGGUGUUUCUCUUGCCCCGGAGCGCGAACGAUACAUGCAAGCGUGCGCAGACGUCGCACACCAUCUCAUCCAGCUUCAUGAGGAAGACAAUGGAGGGAAAGAUGUCAAUCUAAACGCCUUGAGAGGCCAAAUUUCAAAGAAAUACAAGCUGAAGAUGAUUCCACCACUCACGGCGAUCAUUGCAGCUAUUCCAGAGCACUAUAAGAAAUAUAUCGUUCCAAAGUUAAUAGCGAAGCCGAUUCGUACAAGCUCCGGAAUAGCCGUCGUUGCAGUUAUGUGCAAACCACACAGGUGCCCACACAUCGCUUACACAGGAAAUAUUUGUGUUUACUGCCCUGGGGGACCGGAUUCCGACUUUGAAUACAGUACCCAAUCGUAUACUGGUUACGAACCUACAUCAAUGAGAGCCAUUCGUGCUCGUUACGACCCUUUUGAGCAGGCUAGGGGUCGUGUUGACCAACUGAGGCAACUAGGACAUAGCGUUGAUAAGGUUGAGUAUAUAAUCAUGGGGGGAACAUUUAUGUCACUUCCCGAAAGCUAUCGGGAUGGGUUUAUUGCAAGUUUGCACAAUGCCUUGUCUGGUUAUACGGCAGAGAAUGUUGACGAAGCUGUGCAAUUAGGAGAGCAGUCUCAAACCAAAUGUGUCGGAAUCACAAUCGAGACUAGGCCGGAUUAUUGUCUGGAUCAGCAUUUGAGCUCCAUGCUCCGAUACGGCUGCACAAGACUGGAAAUCGGUGUCCAGAGUCUCUACGAAGAUGUCGCUCGAGAUACAAAUCGUGGCCAUACCGUGAAGGCCGUGUGCGAGACCUUUAGGUUGGCCAAAGAUGCCGGUUACAAGGUUGUCUCACAUAUGAUGCCCGAUUUGCCUAACGUUGGCAUGGAAAGAGAUCUCUACCAAUUCCAGGAAUAUUUUGAGAACCCGGAUUUUAGAACGGACGGGUUGAAGAUUUACCCUACACUGGUUAUCCGUGGAACUGGCCUAUAUGAACUCUGGCGAACAGGUCGAUACAAAAAUUACACACCCAACGCUCUUAUCGAUCUCGUAGCUCGUAUCUUAGCCUUAGUACCGCCAUGGACCCGUAUCUAUCGAGUGCAACGCGAUAUCCCCAUGCCUCUCGUUACAUCCGGUGUCGAGAAUGGAAAUCUCCGCGAACUGGCUUUGAGCAGAAUGAAAGACUUCGGCACUACCUGUCGUGACGUGAGAACCCGAGAAGUUGGUAUACAGGAAAUUAAGAAUAAAGUUCGACCUGAUCAAGUCGAAUUUAUCAGGAGAGACUACACAGCAAAUGGAGGAUGGGAAACCUUUCUCAGUUAUGAGGACCCAAAGCAGGAUAUAUUAAUCGGGCUUCUCAGGCUGAGAAAAUGCUCGGACAGAACCUUUAGGCCAGAGCUUACAGGACAGCCGACGAGUCUUGUAAGAGAACUACAUGUGUACGGUUCUGCUGUGCCUGUACAUAGCAGGAACCCGAAAAAGUACCAACAUCAGGGAUAUGGGACAUUGUUGAUGGAGGAGGCCGAGAGGAUUGCAAGAGAAGAGCACGGGAGCAAGAAGAUCAGCGUAAUCUCCGGUGUGGGUGUCAGGAAGUAUUACGCAGGUCUCGGAUACUUUUUGGAUGGGCCGUAUAUGUCCAAAAUGUUGGAUUACGAUGAUGAAUCAGAUGACGAAUUUUAA